GCCGUGUUCAAACCGGCGGACGAAGAACCGUUCGCUCCGAACAAUCCGAGAGGACACCGAAGUAGCCAUAAUGGCGAGGGUAUGCGCAAAGGGACGAAGGCGGGCGAAGGUGCCACGCGUGAAGUUGCGGCGUACUUGCUCGAUCACGGUGGUUUCGCCGGCGUUCCCGCGACGUCUCUCGUCAACUUGACGGAUGGGACCGAAGAGGAUGAUGGAAAGCUCGGCUCGCUUCAGGAAUACGUCGAAAACACCGCUGAGGCAGAGGAGUAUGGCCCAAGCAUGUUUCCUACGGAAGAAGUGCACAAGAUUACCGUUCUCGAUAUUCGCUUGGCGAACACCGACCGCAACGCUGGAAACAUUUUAUGCCGUAGCGACGAGAAUGGCAACAUCGUGGCGUUGAUUCCAAUCGACCACGGGUACGCACUUCCGCACACACUCGAAGACGUCUGUUUCGAGUGGGAAUUCUGGCCCCAAGCAUCAAUUCCAUACAGCGACGACGUCAAGGAGUACGUCGCUAUGCUCGACGCCGACGCCGACGUCGAGUACUUGCGAGAAAACGACAUCGAGCUUCAAGCCUCCUCAGAACGCGUUCUUCGCGUGUGUACUUUGGUUCUGAAAGAAGCUGUACGCCGCAACUUCACCGCAGCGAACAUAGCCUCCAUGCUCAGUCGAAAGAUGUCCAACAGGAAGUCGGACAUUGAAAAGAUUGCCGCGCAAGCGGCGUCGACGGCCAUC